CCAAGAGCCACCACCAUGCCAGGCCACAUCGUGAAGAGCACCGGGCCCGACCCCGACCCCACCGAGUUCCUGUUCGUCUCCAUGGAGCAGAAGCGCAUCGACCAGACCAAGCCUUACGACCCGAAAAAGACCUGCUGGGUUCCCGAUGAGAAGGAGAGCUAUGUGCAGGGCGAGAUCCAGGGCACCAAGGGAGACCUGAUUACUGUUGGCCUUCCGAAAGGAGAAACGAAGACUUUCAAGAAGGAUCAGGUGACUCAGGUCAACCCUCCCAAGUACGAAAAGUGCGAAGACAUGUCUAACUUGACCUACCUUAACGAUGCCUCCGUCCUGUACAACCUGAAGACUCGUUACCAGGCUAGACUUAUCUACACCUACUCUGGCCUCUUCUGUAUCGCCGUCAACCCCUACAAGCGUUACCCCAUCUACACCAACCGUGUCGUCAAGAUCUACCAGGGCAAGAGGCGUAAUGAGGUGCCUCCCCAUCUCUUCGCCAUCUCUGACGGGGCCUACACGGCCAUGGUGCAGUGUCGUGAAAACCAGUCCAUGCUGAUCACCGGAGAGUCUGGUGCUGGCAAGACUGAGAACACAAAGAAGGUGCUGUCCUACUUCGCCAACGUCGGCGCUUCUACUAAGAAGAAGGACGACGAGAAUAAGCCGAACUUGGAGGACCAGAUCAUCCAGACCAACCCUGUGCUGGAGGCCUUUGGUAACGCCAAGACCGUCCGCAAUGACAACUCUUCCCGAUUCGGUAAGUUCAUCCGCAUCCACUUCGGUCCGUCUGCUAAGCUCUCUGGUGGUGACAUCGAGGUGUACUUGCUGGAGAAGGCUCGUGUCAUCUCCCAGCAGUCACUCGAGCGCUCCUACCACAUCUUCUACCAGCUCAUGUCCGACCACGUCCCUGAAGUCAAGCCAUUGUGUCUCCUGAGCAAUGAUAUUUACGACUACCACUAUGUGUCACAGGGCAAGGUCACUGUUGCUUCCAUUGACGACAAAGAAGAGAUGGACUUCACCCAUAAAGCCUUCACGAUCCUCAACUUUUCCGAUCAAGACCGAGACAACUGCUAUAAGGUCACUGCAGCUGUCAUGCACUUCGGAGCCUGCAAGUUCAAGCAGAGGGGUCGAGAGGAGCAGGCCGAACCUGAUGGUACUGAGGCUGGCCAUGUUGUCGCAAAAUUGCUUGGUGCCGAUGGGGAUGAACUUUACAAGAAUCUUUGCAAGCCUAAGAUCAAGGUCGGUGCCGAGUUCGUCACUCAGGGUAGGAACGUCGACCAGGUCUCUUACUCUGUUGGUGCUUUGGCCAAGGCUAUAUAUGACCGCAACUUCAAGUGGCUUGUAAAGAAGUGUAACAUUACCCUUGAGACUGGCCAGAAGCGCGUUAUGUUCAUCGGUGUGCUCGACAUUGCUGGUUUUGAGAUUUUCGAUUUCAACGGCUUCGAGCAGAUCUGCAUCAACUUCUGUAAUGAGAAGUUGCAGCAGUUCUUCAACCACCACAUGUUCGUGCUGGAGCAAGAGGAGUACAAGAGGGAAGGCAUCAACUGGACUUUCGUGGACUUCGGUAUGGAUCUGCAGGCCUGUAUUGAUCUCUUCGAGAAGCCUCUAGGUCUCCUGUCUAUCCUAGAAGAAGAGUCAAUGUUCCCAAAGGCAACCGAUAAGACCUUUGAGGAAAAGCUGAAGGUUAACCACCUGGGCAAGUCGUCCAACUUCAUCAAGCCUAAGCCAGCUAAACCAGGCCAGAAGGAAUCCCACUUUGCCAUCGUUCACUACGCCGGUACUGUGCCCUAUAACCUUGCUGGCUGGCUGGAGAAGAACAAGGACCCCCUCAACGACACUGUCGUGGACCAGCUAAAAAAGGCCAGCAACGGCCUCACAGUGGAGCUAUUUGCUGACCAUCCCGGCCAGUCCGGUGAUGCGACAGGCGGCAAAGGUGGACGCGGCAAGAAGGGAGGUGGCUUCACUACUGUGUCAUCUGGAUACAGGGAACAACUAAACAACCUGAUGAAAACCCUGAACGCUACUCAGCCUCACUUCAUUCGUUGUAUCGUACCUAAUGAGACCAAAUCUCCUGGUGUCGUUGAAGCUCCUCUGAUUAUGCAUCAGCUUACUUGUAAUGGUGUGCUCGAGGGCAUCCGUAUCUGCCGAAAGGGCUUCCCCAACAGAAUGCUCUACCCUGACUUCAGGCAUCGUUACCGUAUCCUGGCUGCAAAGGCCAUGGCUGCUUGUGACGAAGAUAAGAAUGCAGCAGCUGUCUGUCUCGAAGCUGUUAAGCUGCCAGAGGAGAAUUACCGUCUUGGCAACACCAAGGUGUUCUUCCGAGCUGGUGUCCUAGGUUCUCUUGAGGAGAUUCGAGAUGAUCGUCUGGCUCAGGUUUUGUCCUGGAUGCAGUCAUGGAUUCGUGGAUACACCAGCCGUAUCCAGUACCAGAAACUCCAAGAGCAGCGUGUUGCCCUCAUUGUUGUUCAGCGCAACCUGAGGAAGUACCUCAAGCUCCGCAACUGGGCUUGGUACCGCAUGUGGCAAAAGGUCAAGCCACUUCUCAAUGUCACUCGUGUCGAAGACGAGAUGCGCGCCCUCGAGGAGAAGGCAGCUAAAGCCCAGGAAGAUUAUGAACGUGAAGCUAAACUUCGUAAGGAACUCGAGACCGCCAAUGCCUCGCUGCAGGAAGAAAAGAACAAUUUACUAGCAGCCCUUGAGUCAACGAAAGGCAAUGUUUCUGACUUUCUGGACAAGCAAGCUAAACUGCAGAGCCAGAAAGCUGAUCUUGAGGCUCAGCUGAAUGAAACAAAUGAGCGUCUUCAGAAGGAGGAGGAAGCUCGCAAUCAGCUCUUCCAGGGAAAGAAAAAGACUGAUCAAGAAAUUUCAGGUCUUAAGAAAGAUCUUGAAGAUCUUGAACUUGCUAUGCAGAAGUCGGAGCAAGACAAGAACACUAAAGAUCAUCAGAUCCGCAACCUGAACGAUGAGAUUGCCCAUCAGGACGAACUCAUCAACAAGAUCAACAAGGAAAAGAAACAUCUUCAGGAGUGCAACCAGAAGACAGCGGAAGACCUCCAGAAUGUGGAAGAUAAGUGCAACCACCUCAACAAAGUCAAAGCCAAACUUGAGCAAACACUUGAUGAACUUGAGGAUUCUCUUGAGCGAGAGAAGAAAAUGCGGGGUGAGAUGGAGAAAUCGAAGAGGAAGGUUGAAGGCGACCUUAAGCUGACGCAAGAGGCUGUUGCUGAUCUUGAACGAAAUCAAAAGGAAUGUGAACAGACUAUCCAACGUAAGGAGAAGGAGAUUGCAGCAGUAUCUAGCAAACUCGAAGAUGAGCAAGGUUUAGUUUCUAAAUUGCAGAAACAAGUAAAGGAAAUGCAAGCUCGCAUCGAAGAGGUUGAGGAAGAAGUGGAACACGAACGCCAAGCUCGUUCAAAGGCUGAAAAGUCUAAAACUCUUCUCGGCCGUGAACUGGAGGAGCUUGGUGAACGUCUGGACGAAGCUGGAGGUGCAACUGCUGCUCAGAUUGAGCUGAACAAGAAACGUGAAGCUGAACUGGUUAAGCUUCGUCGUGAUCUUGAGGAGGCAACGAUUCAAAAUGAAGCCUCACUGGCUAAUCUUCGCAAGAAGCACAAUGACGCUGUGUGUGAAAUGUCUGACCAGAUUGACCACCUCAACAAAAUGAAGGCUAGGACUGAGAAGGACAAGGAAGCCAUGAAGAGAGAAGCCGAUGAUGCAAGAGCUGCUAUGGACUCUCUAAUGCGUGACAAGGCGGCAGGCGAGAAAACAGUCAAGCAACUGCAGCACCAAGUGAAUGAGCUUCAUUCAAAACUUGAUGAAGCCAACCGCACCCUCAACGACUUUGACGCUUCAAAGAAGAAACUUGCAGUCGAAAACUCGGACCUUCUCCGGCAGCUGGAAGAGGCCGAGAGCCAAAUUGGCCAGCUGUCUAAGAUCAAACUGUCUCUGUCCAACCAGCUGGAAGACACCAGGAAGCUUGCUGAUGACGAGAGCAGGGAACGCGCCACUCUUCUUGGCAAAUUCCGUAAUCUGGAGCAUGACAUCGACGGUCUUCGAGAACAACUGGAUGAGGAAAGUGAAGGUAAAGCUAAUCUGCAGCGCCAGCUGUCUAAGGUUAACACUGAGGCACAGAUGUGGCGUGCUAAGUAUGAGUCUGAAGGAAUUGCUCGUGUUGAGGAGCUUGAAGCAUCACGCAUGAAGCUGGCAGCUCGACUUGAGGAAGCUGAGGGGCAAAUUGAACAACUUAAUGUUAAGAAUAUGAAUCUUGAGAAAGCUAAGCAACGCAUCAGUACUGAACUCGAGGACAUGCAAAUUCAGUGCGAACGUGCACAAGCUCUGGCUGAUGCUGCUGAAAAGAAGCAGAAGAACUUCGAUAGAAUCAUUAGCGAAUGGAAGAUGAAGGUUGAUGACUUAGCUGCUGAGCUUGAGGCUUCACAGAAGGAGUGUCGCAACUAUUCUACUGAACUGUUCCGAAUCAAGGCUGCCUAUGAAGAGAAUCUUGAACAACUUGAUUCUGUUCGUCGUGAAAACAAGAAUCUUGCCGAUGAAAUCAAAGACCUGAUGGAUCAGAUUGGCGAAGGUGGACGAUCCCUCCAUGAGGUCCAGAAGAAUGCAAGACGCCUUGAGAUUGAGAAGGAGGAACUUCAGGCUGCCCUUGAGGAAGCUGAGGCUGCCCUGGAACAGGAGGAGAAUAAGGUGCUUCGUGCACAGCUUGAGCUUAGUCAGGUCAGGCAGGAGAUCGACAGACGCAUUCAAGAGAAGGAGGAGGAAUUCGAAAACACAAGAAAGUGCCACCAACGUGCUAUCGAUUCAAUGCAAGCUUCACUUGAAGCAGAAGCAAAGGGCAAAGCUGAAGCUCUUCGUAUGAAGAAGAAGCUGGAGUCUGAUAUCAAUGAACUGGAGAUUGCCCUCGACCACUCUAACAAGGCUAAUGCUGAUUUGCAAAAGCAAAUCAAGAAGAUUCAGGGCGAUAUGAGAGAUGUCCAGACUCGUCUUGAGGAGGAGCAGCGACUUUCCUCCGAGUACCGCGAUCAGUAUUGCAUCGCCGAGCGCCGGGCUAAUGCUCUUCAUGGCGAGCUGGAGGAAUCUCGUACUCUGCUCGAGCAGUCAGACCGCGGCCGCCGUCAGGCUGAGGCCGAACUUGCUGAAGCUCACGAGGCUGUCAAUGACCUCACUGCACAGAACGGCUCCCUGACUGCCUCAAAGAGGAAACUCGAAAGUGAUUUGCAGACAAUGCAGGCUGAUCUCGACGAAAUGCUGAACGAAGCCAAGAACUCGGAGGAGAAGGCCAAGAAGGCCAUGGUUGACGCCGCUCGCCUGGCUGACGAGCUCCGCGCCGAGCAAGAGCACGCCCAGAACCAGGAGAAGAUGCGCAAAGCUCUGGAGGUUUCCGUUAAGGAACUGCAGACCCGCCUCGAGGACGUCGAGAACAAUGCCAUGAAGGCAAGUAAAAAAGCUGUUGCCAAGCUGGAAAGCCGAGUUAGCGAACUGGAAAGCAACCUUGAUACCGAGUCUCGCCGCCACGCCGACGCCCAGAAGAACCUGAGGAAGUGCGAGAGGCGCAUCAAGGAGCUCAGCUUCCAGUCCGACGAGGACAAGAAGAACCACGAGAGGAUGCAGGACCUGGUCGACAAGCUCCAGCAGAAGAUCAAGACCUACAAGCGCCAGAUCGAGGAGGCCGAGGAGAUCGCCGCCCUCAACCUGGCCAAGUUCCGCAAGGUCCAGCAGGAGCUGGAAGAGGUUACCAGCAGCGCCUAGGAUCGUGAAAUAAAUGGAAUCUCUACAAAUGUAGACAAAAUUGGAGAAAUUCUAAAAUUGUAACGGAAAUGACUUAUCGGACUCUAUAAAAAGUCACUGUAUGUAUAAUUCCUUUCUAUUCCAAUUGGCUUAUUGAUUUCAUUCAAUAUUAUGUAUAUGCAACAAUAAAUCAAUGUUUCA